AUGGGUGCUGUUUAAGCUUAUGUGAAUUACAAUACUGAAAUGACUUUAACCUCUGAUUUAAAUGCUUAAAUUUAAUGUUGUGGAACUAUAUCUCAUCCAGCAUUUGGUAAUAUCCAGUUGUGGAAAAUGAAGAAUAACACUACUCUUGAAAUCUUUUCUCUUGUAAUAAAUAUUAAUAACUUAAGACAAGGCAUAUUUAUUAUUAAGAUUCAAUAUUAUUGACAAUUCAUACAUAGAGAACAUAAUUAAAACAUCCUAAUCUAUUACAAUAUUAUGCAUGUACUCAAAAUUCUCCCUCUUUUUGUGGAAAUGUUGAAACAUAGUAAUUUUACUUUGAAUACAUUUCCCAAACACUUUCUUAGUAUUUAUGUGGAAGAUCAGAACCAUUCAAAGAAAUAGAAGUUUGGAAAGUAAUUUUUAUAUCUUAAUUUACUUAGUCACUAGAACAAUUAAUAAAUGUCUUAAAGUAUUUGUAAUAAAAUGGAUAUUCUCAUGGUAAAAUUACUUCAGAUAAUAUCUUUAUCACUUAAGAUUAAACAUUAAAAACUUUAGAUUAAAUUACAAUUAAAUCAACUUCUUAAUAAAUUAAAUAAGAUGUCUAUGAUUUAGCAUAAGUAAUGGUAGAGUUAAUGACAAAAAAAAGUAAAUAUAAAAUAAUAUAUAGAAUUCCAUUUGAGUUUAAAAGACACAGUAAUUUCAUUAAUUGAUGAAUACUCUUAAUAACUACUACAAUUAUUAGCUAGAAUGCUUAAUAAUACACCAGAGAAAAGACCAGAUUUCAUAUAAUUAUCUGAGAUAAUGUUGAAAAGAUAAUAUAAAUCUACUAACAUCGAAUAAGAUAUAUAAUUAUCACCUUAAUUAAUUAAAUUCUAAUAAUCUAAAUAAAUAGAAAAUUAAAGAAUAAAUAGAUUAUUCAAUCAAAAUAUCCAAUCAAGAUCACCAUCACCUUAAAAAAUAUUACAUUAUUCACCAUAAAGAUUAUCUCCUUACAAGAUUUCACCUUAAAGAGUAAGAAUACUUUCACCAAUUAAAAAAGAGCCAUUUUACUCAUCAAUUAAUUAAUCCUUUCAACAAUUAAGUGGAAUUUAUAGAACAGAAAGUCCAAUUAAAGGAAAUAUAACUGGUUCAUAAGCAUCAACUAUAGGUAGCUAUGGUGUAUCAGUAAUUGAUACUUAUAAUACUAAAUAUGCUUUCUAUACUUAGAGAGGUUGUAGACCUAAUAAAAUUUUAAUCCCUCAACAUAAAAGUGAUGUGAAAAGGAAUUUAUUUAAAGAAGAUUUAAAUUAGACUUCUUCUAGUUAACCUCCAAUAGAGAUUGUAUUAUGA